UUGUAGUUCCAAAUAAGCUACUGGAACCCGGAAGUAAGUGUACAGGGAGAAAUCCACUACGGAACGAACGUAGACUUGCGAACUAUAAAAUCGAAAAAAUGAGCUGGAACCCUUUCAAACCUGGACCAAAAAAGCAAAUUAUUCCAAAAACUGUGGAGAGAGACUUUGAACGGGAAUAUGGCAAACUACAACAGUUGGAAGAUCAGACCAAAAAACUCCAAAAAGAUAUGAAGAAAAGUAUAGAAGCAGAUUUGGCAAUGUCAAAGUCAGCAGUGAGGAUAUCUUCAGAUCUUAUGGGAAAUCCACUAUGUGAACCUGACCCAAAUUUUUUAGAGAUGGUGACUGCUCUGGAUACAGCCAUGAAACGUAUGGAUGCAUUCAACCAAGAGAAAGUUAACCAAAUCCAGAAAACUGUCAUGGAUCCUCUUAAGCGGUUUGGUAGUGUCUUCCCUUCCUUGAACAUGGCUGUGAAGAGAAGGGAACAAGCACUGCAGGAAUAUAAGAGACUUCAGACAAAAGUGGAAAAAUAUGAGGAGAAAGAGAGGACAGGAGCGGUUAUUGCCAAACUGCACCAGGCCCGAGAGGAGCUUCGUCCAGUCAGGGAAGACUUUGAAGCCAAGAACCAGCAGCUCUUGGAUGAAAUGCCGAAAUUUUACAACAGUCGCAUAGAUUUCUUCAAACCCAGUUUUCAUUCCCUUAUCCAAGCUCAGGUGACAUACUACACAGAAAUGUCUCGUGUUUUUGGAGAUCUUGCCCAGCAGGUGGAUAAGGACCAGUUAACAGACUCCGAAAAAGAGCGAGAGAAUGAGGCCAAGCUAGCGGAGCUGCGUGCACUCUCUAUAGUUGCAGAUGACUGAGUUGUGAUACCUAAUUUGACCCAACCCAGCCCAUCUCUAAAGCAACGCUAAAAAAAUAUGCACUACAUUUUUUUUUAUACCACCGUAACAUCAUGCUGAGAACUAACUGUGAUUAAUUCCUCAUAUAAAGGGUUGGGAUCAUGUUGGGAUCAUCAGCUAUGAAGGACUUGGGUCACACUUCUUUUUUUGUUUUGAGAAAGCAGAAGACUCCAUAGGUUAAAGAUCUUAUUAUAUAGUCAACGUAAACAAAUGCCUAUGUGUUUGCACAUGAUCUUAUUUAUGAUGGACAGCUAAAGGUAACCCAGUUUAGUGGGGGGGAUACAUAACUCCUAAAGUGCCUUUAAAGCAUUGAUAUAAAGCUGAACCUAAAUGUUAGUGUUCAGUUUCUUUAUUCAAUAGGAGAGAGUCUUGAGAUAUAUCUUGACCUGAUUAGUUAUACAAAAUAAGUGUAAGGACAAAUAAAAUCUGCACUCUAUGGAGUUUCUGGGACCAAAUUCCGUUCCUCACGCCAUGAAUAGACCAGGAUUUUCCCCCAUAAACAUCAAUAAAAAAUGUUUUACUUUUUUUGGGGAAGUCUAGAGAUUGUUGAUUUUGUUUGUCCUUGGAUUAUACUUUCUCCAGCACCCUAGUUCCAUAUUUGGAAGGGGAGAUUGGAGAUCCUUCUAACUGUUUUAAAGACAUAUAGUUUAAUAAAAUGUAAACAGGGGUCGACAAAAAUUUAGGAGCCAGUAACAAUAUUUAAAAGACAAAAAGUUUGGAGCCGGGGGUAAAAUUCUAGUAGUCAAUGGCUUCCUGGCUCCUGGGUUUGUCGAUCCCUAGUGUCAUUAUAUGUUAAUAGUAAUCAAAGACAGCUGUUAAAGUUUUCAUACAGAUCUUACAUCUCAGAUAUUCUUAAAUCCAAAUGAAUAUGGUCAGCAGUACAUUUUUAUGAGUAAUUGUUUCUGUCACCUUUCAUCAGUUUUGGAUAAUAUCAGUUUCCCUCUCAGUAAGUUGAACUUUAUCUAUAAAGAGAAUGAAUGGUGUACUUCUUGUUAAUGUAAAAAAAUAAUCGGGGUCAGUAAUUGGUUAUUAAUUUACACGCUCUGUCUGUUAAUGUUUUUAAAAAUAUAUUGUGUUUAGUUUUAUAUUUCUCUUUUCAGGAUAUGGAUUUACUUUUAAUUUUUGUUAAAUACUACUAGGAAAAGUAUAGCCCAACAUAAUGUAAGGGUACAGCUCAUGUCCUCUAGGGUCUACACAGACCAAACCUUCAGGAUUGCAGUUUAAUUAAACCAACUAUAUUAUUAUCAUAGAGAUCCUGAAGUUCUAGUUUUGGGGGGGCUCAAGAAAUGAUGUUGGGUUAUCUCAGGUACAUGACUCCUACUAGUGGACGGCGUAUUACUAGAUACAAAUGGAUCUCACUCUUCAGUAAUUGUCAAUGGCAUCUCAUCAUAUGGCUAUGUGCUAAGUAAUAGUUGAAAAAUUUAAUUUAUUCUCAUCUAUGCAUGUAGUAAAGCCACUGAACUGUAUUGUAUAUAUUAUACACUACCUCGACUCCCUAAGCUAUUACCAGAAGAAUCACUUGCCCAGCAUCCGUCCAGUGAUACAAACACUCCUACCUUCUCAUUUAUUUGCUUACGAAUAUUAGCGAUAUUAUAAACACUGUUGCCCUCAUGUGGUAAAAUCAAUCUGUACAGAUAACCAUAUUUUUCAUUCUUUUUUUAUUUUUCUGUUCCCUUCAUUUUUAUUUUUAUUUUUUCGGUAUCACCUUUCUUUUAUUGUCUCAGAGCCCAAAUGUAUGUUAGGUGUCUUCUGACUUGCAAUGCUUGUUCUCAUUUUCAUAUGGUGCUCCUUUUCUCUCUCAUUUUUUUUUUUUGUAUUUAGCUCUGUUUUUUUCCAUUCUUUAUUUCUUCACCCCUCAGGUUUUUUUUUUUUUGUUUUGGUUUUUUUUUUGUUAUAUUUUCCAUUUGUGGUGCUUUAUUUGUAUCUUACGGUCUUAAUUCUAUUACUUUAUUGUUUUGUUUUAUUUCUGCAUUUUCGUUCUUUUCAAUCAUAUCUACUAUAGUGCAUAUUUAAACUCAUGAUGUCAUAAACUACAUUAGAUUUCUAUGUAAUUAGUCUAUUUACAAAAAUGUCCUCUAUUUUAUUACUUCCUUUCCAAGUCUUGUGAGAGACUAAAAGCUGCUAUUUUAAUAAAAUACUUAAACAUC